CACUCAGUCUGAGGGAGCGAGGGGAACGAGCUGGGCAGUCAGCUCUUGGAACCCCCCCUGUCACUGACUCACAGAGCUAGAAGAGAAUGGGCGUGAAGAUCUGAAACCACCGUCUAGGCACAGUUUAUAUCCUGUUAAAUAAAACAGAAAAAAAAUGUCGGUCAGUAAUCACGAGAACCGUAAGUCCCGCUCUAGCACGGGUUCGAUGAACAUCCAUUUAUUCCAUAAACCUGGCCAUGCGGAUAGCCUUCUAACACAUCUAAACCUGCUCCGUAAACGCUGCCUCUUCACAGAUGUGGUGCUGUUGGCUGGAAAUCGUGCUUUCCCAUGUCAUCGGGCAGUCCUAGCUUCCAGCAGCCGUUAUUUUGAGGCAAUGUUCAGUGGAGGGCUAAAAGAAAGCCAAGACAGAGAAGUUAACUUUCAUGAUGCUCUGCACCCUGAGGUCUUGGAGCUGCUCCUGGAUUAUGCCUAUUCUGCACGUAUUAUACUGAACGAGGAAAAUGCAGAGUCCUUGUUGGAAGCUGGAGAUAUGCUACAGUUUCAUGAUAUACGAGAUGCAGCUUCAGAGUUCCUGGAAAAGAAUCUUCAUACAGCAAACUGCUUAAACAUGAUGCUGAUAUCUGAUGCACACUGCUGUGAGAGAUUGUUUGAGCUUUCUUGGAGAAUGUGUCUGUCUAAUUUUGUGGAAUUAUCAAAAACAGAAGACUUUUUAAGAUUUCCAAAGCUCAAACUGAUGGAGCUCAUCCUAAGUGAGGAGCUUGAAGUGGAAGAUGAAAGUCUAGUCUAUGAAGCUGUCAUGGGAUGGAUAAAAUACGAUCUUUGUCUUCGAUUAGAUGAUCUACCAGAUCUACUGCGCUGUGUCAGGCUAGCUCUGCUCCCAGACCAGUAUCUCCGAAGUCUGGCUACAGAUGAUUUGGUAGUUCAGAACAAGCAGGCAAAAGCAAUUGUGGAAGAAGCAACACAUUGCAGGAACAAGAUUUUGCAGAAUGAUGGGUUAGUGACUGGUUUCUGUGCACGUCCUCGGAAAGUUAGCCAGGCCUUGCUACUCUUGGGAGGGCAGACAUUUAUGUGUGACAAAAUCUAUGUAAUGGAUCAGAAGACCACUGAGAUAAUACCCAAGACUGACAUUCCUAGCCCUCGCAAAGAGUGUAGUGCCUGUGCCAUUGGCUGCAAAGUGUAUGUUACAGGAGGGAAGGGGGCAGAAAAUGGAGCUUCUAAAGAUGUCUGGGUCUAUGACACCCUACACGAUGAAUGGUCCAAGGCAGGACCUAUGCUUGUUGCCAGGUUUGGCCAUGGAUCUGCAGAGCUUGACAGCUGUCUUUAUGUAGUUGGUGGCCAUACAGCCAUAAAUGGGGCAUUUCCAGCAUCUCCUUCUGUAUCACUGAAGCAAGUUGAACAUUAUGACCCACAAGUAGACAAAUGGAGCUUGGUAGCUCCCCUAAGAGAAGGUGUGAGCAAUGCUGCAGUAGUUGGAGCAAAGAUGAAACUUUUUGUGUUUGGAGGUACUAGUGUCAACCGUGAAAAACUCCCCAAAGUCCAGUGUUUUGAUCCAGUUCAAAAUAGAUGGACAGUGCCCACUACCUGCCCUCAACCCUGGCGUUACACUGGUGCUGCUGUUUUAGGAAACCAUGUCAUUGUUAUAGGAGGAGACACUGAGUUCUCAGCCAGCUCAGCCUAUCGCUUUAAUAGUGAGACCUAUCAGUGGUGCAGAUUUGGGGAGGUUUCCUCAAAAAGGAUUAGCUGCCGUGCAGUUGCUUCUGGCAAUAGACUAUAUGUAGUAGGUGGAUACUGUGGUUCGCAGCGGGGUAAAACACUGGACUGUUACGAUCCUGCAAGUGAUACAUGGAGCAGUGUGACCACAGUGCCUUAUUCUCUCAUCCCAACAGCCUUUGUCAGCACAUGGAAGUACCUUUCUGCUUGAGUCUGAAGUUUUUCCUUGGUGGACUAUUUUGAAAAUGAAUCAUUUUAUGGUGGAACAGUUUGGAAAUAAUCUAGACCAUUGUUAACGUCUAGCUGGAUGGCAAGAAUGUACAUAGGAGAUGGAAAUCUACCAGACUUGGAAGGCACAAAAACACUGUUAUGGACUAUUUAGUUACAUGUUUAGUGAAUUAGUGGCACUUUUGUUGAUGGAGUCAGAAUAAGUUGUCAUUUUACAUUAAAAUGGCUUUUUUCUAAUUUUAUUUUCAGACAUCCACUCCCUUCAUCAAUUCCAACACAGACUUAACAUUCCUACAUUCUGUGAAAACAAUCCGUUUGUGAUGUAGUAAUAUUCAGCAUAAUUUCUUAUGAACUUCGUGAUAAAGUGUGUUGUCUGGAUGUGCUGUUCAACUUUUCAAUGUCUAGUCCUAGAAUUUCAGAGAAUACCUUCUUUUCCGUGUAGCUGAUGAUCCCAUUAACUUCUUCCACUCUCAACUGUAGGAGAGCACUUCUGUCUGGAGGCUAAUACAUAACCUAUCACUGGCACUAUAUUCUCAUGAAGAAACCAUGAGAACAAGCUAUGUAAAGGAUCCCAUAAGAAUAAAGUCAGCUUUUUGUUCUCAGGGGAAAUCAGUGGCUUACUACCCUCUCCCCAUUGUCCACACAUUUAUGCCUAGCUGAACCAAGCAUGCAUAUGUAUAUGGAGGAGUUGGGAGGAAGAGUUAGCUGAACAUGCAAGAUUUUGAAGGUAUAUGGGCACCUUAAGCCUUGGAAUGUUAAACAUUUACUUGAGUGUUAGUAGUCUGAAAUCUUCCCAACAGUCAGCUGCUCGUUCAGUGAAGGAGACUGCGCAUUUACAUGCAGCGAUCUCCUUUACUGUAUGAGGAUGAGGUAUCACAAUUGUGAUCCCAUGUUCUUAUACAGAAUCAUGGUUUCCGAGAAGCAGAUAACGGUAUAGACCGCAUUAUCUGCUGCCCAGAAGCCAUGAUCGGUGGUGCCUGCAUGAACUACACGAUCACCUGAUGAACGAGCAUUUUGCUUGUUCAUUGGUGGAUCAGCAGCACUGAUCAGAAUCCUGAUAUAUUUUUCUAAUUUACCACUAGUGGCUGCUGUUUUACUCACUCUGAACUAUUGAGUUGCACUUCCACCCUUCACCACUGGAGGCUGUGUUUUUCCUAGGAUUUGCCCUUAAAAAAAACAUCUUGUUUCAUGUUUGGGCCUACUUAUACCCAUAAGGCAAUUCAAUCAUUGCUCGAUUAUUGUGACUUGUUCCAGUCUCCUGCUCCUCAGAACUGUCUUUCCCAGACUGAUUCUACUCUUCGCUGAAUUAUCAACUUGUGAUCUACAAUUCAAGCUGUACUGCGGACUACAAAUCUACAGUUCAUAACCGCACCAGGCUUAUUCCACCUGGCUACCGGAUUCCAGCUGUUUCUACCAGGAUCAUAACAACCACAUUUACAUGGUCAAGUCGGGAACGGUAGUUUCUGAUAAUAGGCCCGAUUCUUGGGUCGUGUAAAUGCACCUUUUAGUUUUCUAUAUCAAUUAUAUUAGAAGUAGAAUCAUGUAAUACAAAGUGAUAACGUUGACUUUUUUGAGUAGAAUGCCAUUGAUAUGGUCCUUCCUGUAUUAGGCCUCAUUCACAUGACAGUUUUUCUUUUCCAUUUAUGGGCCUUUUUUUGCGUUCCGUAUACAGAACCAUUCAUUUAAAUGGUUCCGCAAAAAAAAAAACAG